ACCGACAAGGCAGCCCAGCCGGAACGAACUCUCAAGUGAAGUCCCCUCCCCCGGCGCCGUUGUCGUCGCUGCACGCACGCCAUCUCCUCCCCCCCCUUUACCGGCCGGCCCGCUGCUCCCCCAUGGACUCCGGCGAGUGCUCCAACUCCAAACCCCCGGCGCCCACCACCGGCGUCUGGGCCAAGCUAGUGCCUACGGAUUCCGCCUACCCGGAGGUGGCCGUCGCCGAGGACGACGCCGUGGUCUGUUCCCUCGUCGCCCCCGCCGGCGCCGCCGGCGCCGGGGAGGAGCUCUCGUGGUGCGAGAUUCGGCGCGGCGGCGACGCCUCGUCGGCCACGAUCCGGAACCUCAGUUCCGAUGCAAUUAUUGUUGAUGGAAGAGUUAUCCAACAAGAAGUGGUUGACAUUAAACCUGGGAGCCAAAUUGUCCCAGGACCCCAGAAAGAAGGGCAUUUAGUGUAUACCUUUGAUAUAACAGCUGCAAAGGACCAUGACAAAAACAAUGUCAAGAUUGUACUAGAUAUUGAGAAUGCAAAAUGCAGCAUAUGCUUGAAUUUGUGGCAUGAUGUGGUUACUGUUGCUCCAUGCUUCCACAACUUCUGCAAUGGCUGCUUCUCAGAGUGGCUGAGAAGGUCUUCAACCAAUUCACGUGAUAAAAGUCAGAGUGCUGCCUGUCCACAAUGUAGGACAGCAGUGCAAUCAGUUGGAAGGAAUCACUUCCUGCAUAAUAUUGAAGAGGCUAUACUACAAGCUUUUUCAUCACUACAGCGGUCUGAUGAGGAGAUUGCGAUGUUAGAGUCAUAUGCCUCAGUUAAAUCAAAUCUCGUUUUGGGAAAACAAAAAAAUCAAUCGAGGAAGCGCCCUUUGCCUCGUCCAAGUGAUGAAAGCGACGAUUCUGAACUUCCAUGUCCUCAAUGUGGUACUGAAUUUGUGGGAUUUAGAUGCAGUCCUGGAGUAGCACACUUGCAGUGUAAUGGAUGUGGAGGGAUGAUGCCAGCUAGAUCUAACAACAGCAUACAACAAAAAUGUUUAGGGUGCGAUAGAGCAUUUUGUGGAGCUUAUUGGUAUUCCCAAGGAGUGAAUUCAAGUCAUUGCAGUCGCAUCUGCAACCAGGAAACUUUCAGAAGGAUCUCCCAGCAUGACAUCUCCGGCCUUCCUGAAACACUUCAUGGAGGCAAUCCAUUUGAAAAAGAUAUUACAGAAAGAUGCAUACAGCAAUCUGGCAAAACAUUGCAAGCUGUAAUCUCAGAGUGGAUAACAAAGUUUGACAAUAAGGAACUUGAUCGCUCAAGGUUGCAAUUAAAUAAUGUCGAUACAAUUACUUCCAGGACACAUCUUUGCAACCAUUGCUACGACAAGUUCAUUGAUUUUCUCCUGUAUUGGUUCCGCGUUUCGAUGCCCAGAAAUCUUCUUCCACCUGAUGCUGCUAACAGGGAUAGUUGUUGGUAUGGCUUCAUGUGCCGCACCCAGCACCAUCGACCCGACCACGCCAAGAAGUUAAACCAUGUAUGUCGUCCGACAAGAGGCAACCCCUAGCUUGGUUGAAGCUCAUCUUCCAAUGAUGGACGCAAUUGUACAGGAUAGAGCAAAAAGAUGCCUCGUCUUCCUUUACAUUCCAGUUAAAGAAGAUGCCCUAAUUCAGAAGGAAAACAAAGGACUUACUCUUGAGAAAAAAGAAUAGCAUCCCAACAAUGAACGGCCCAGCUAAAUUUGGCGUCUAAAUUUAACGUCUCGUCUCCAAAAUCCAAAUAGUAUAACAUAAGAAAGAAUGAAAGAAGGCCCAACUCGUCGGGCCAAGAAAGACCAUAGACCAUUAAGGCCCAUAUUCACUCUGCCCACAGGCCUAAAACAAAAGUUCUUAUUUUGCGUGUAAAUUUAAAAGAUUAAGUUGGUGCCAUGUUAUCCUCGUUUAGA